AUGGCCGCUAUCAAAUAUGAAAAGAACGAUCGAUUAAAGGAACCGAUACGAAAACGCUUUGUUGAAUAUCUCGAUCGUGCAGAGAUGCUCAAGGAAUUUUUGAAUACCCAAGAAGACAAGAAGCAGCAAGAAGUGGUCGGCGCCAAUGGUGCCAGCAAGAAAAAGACUAAAAAAGGUGAUGGGGAUCAAGACGAUGACGAUGACCCUGAAUUGAAAAAGAUGCGUGCGAGCUUAACUGGUGCCAUUUUAACGGAAAAGCCGGAUGUCAAAUGGUCGGAUGUAGCUGGCUUGGAGGGAGCAAAGGAAGCGAUCAAAGAGGCAGUCAUUUUACCUAUUAAAUUUCCUCAUUUCUUCACUGGAAAACGUAAGCCUUGGCGUGGUAUCUUGCUGUACGGUCCUCCCGGUACAGGUAAAUCCUAUCUUGCAAAAGCGGUCGCUACCGAAGCAAACUCCACCUUUUUCUCCGUCUCCUCAUCGGAUCUGGUAUCCAAAUGGCUCGGUGAAAGUGAAAGAUUGGUGAAACAACUUUUCCAAAUGGCUCGAGAAAAUAAACCAGCCAUUGUGUUUAUCGACGAAGUGGAUUCUUUGUGCGGUGCUCGAGGUGAAGGCGAAUCGGAAGCGGCUCGUCGUAUCAAGACCGAAUUCCUGGUGCAGAUGAACGGCGUGGGUAAUGAUAUGGACGGUGUUCUCGUGCUUGGCGCCACCAAUAUUCCUUGGCAAUUAGAUGCCGCCAUUCGUCGAAGAUUCGAAAAACGUAUUUAUAUCCCUCUUCCCGAUGCUGCUGCGAGAGCUACCAUGUUUGCGCUCAACGUUGGAUCGACCCCUUGUCAUCUGACGGCUGCAGAUUACAAAAGAUUGGCCGAUAUGACUGAUGGAUAUUCUGGUUCGGAUAUUGCUAUUUUAGUCAGAGAUGCGUUAAUGCAGCCGAUUCGUAAAGUUCAAAUGGCUACACAUUUCAAAUGGGUGGAAGCUCAGUCGUGUCUGGAGCCGGGUGUGACAAAACAAUACUUGACGCCUUGUUCACCGGGAGAUCCUGAAGCGAAAGAAAUGACUUGGAAUGAUAUUGAAGCCCAUCAACUGCUGGAACCUGAAUUAACGCUCCAAGAUUUUCUGAAAGCGGUGCAAAAUUCACGGCCAACAGUGAACGCGGCAGAUAUUCAACAGCACGUUACUUUCACAAACGACUUUGGUAAGACACUAUUACACUGA